AUGUUGGGUUUGGGAGCAGAAGUAAUGGUGGCAUUGGUGGGGCUUUGGGCUAUGUUCUUGCGGCCAUUGCUGAUGAAUUAUACAGGAGAUAUGGUUGAAGUGAUGGUGUCUCAGAUCCGCGAGCUCAUUAGCAGAAGCAGAAGCAGGAGCAGGUCUUCUUCUCGUCGUCCUUUCAGUCGAGCGAUAUAG